UCACUGCGCAUGCGUCUAUCGUGUGUGACAGGCUCUCUCGUGAAAGCUCAGUUCAUUCUGAUACUGUUACUAUAACAAGACGAGACAUAUAGUGAAUGACAGCAGCUCUGCUUCCUGCUCGGCUCCAGUUAUGAAAAACCUUCAUUUCAAGGACUUCUUCUGGACGACGGACCUGACCUGCACUAGCGGCUACGAUGCCAUCAUUCAGUAUCUCAAUGAUGGGAGGAGGACGUGCAAGGAGGUGGAGGACUUCAUGAAGGCCAGAGCAUCGGUCGAAGAGAGGUACGCCAAAGACCUCCUCGGCUUGUCCAAGAAGGUGUGCGGACACAAUGAGAUGAACACGUUAAAAAGAUCCCUGGACGUUCUCAAACUACAGACCGAACAUGUGAGUCUGUCCCACUUACAACUGGCCCAGAGCAUCAGGGAGGAGGCCAAGAAGAUGGAGGAAUUCAGAGAAAAGCAAAAAGACGCGAGGAAAAAGAUAGAACAGCAGAUGGAAGCGCUCCACAAGCAGAAAUCUACACAGUUCAAGAAGACGAUGGACUCCAAGAAGACGUACGACCAGAAGUGUCGCGACAAAGAAGAAGCAGACCAGAACGUGAACCGAAACACCAACACCACCAACACCAAGCACAUAGAGAAGCUCUAUGCGAAAGCACAACAGGCAAAACAGAAUGCAGAGGAAGCAGACAAGUUAUACCACCAGAAUGUGACCACACUGGGGAAGAUUAGAGACGAGUGGCUCAAGGAACACAUCAAUGCCUGUGAGGUUUUUGAAAAACAGUCGAUAGAGCGCAUCAACUAUCUGAGGAACACUGUGUGGACUCACCUCAACCAGCUAUCCCAGCAAUGUGUGAGCAGCGAUGAGCUGUAUGAGGAAGUCAGAAAGUCGCUGGAACAGUGUGACAUCAGGGAAGAUAUUGAACACUUUGUAAACCUCAGACGAACCGGUGAGAGACCGCCAGCUCCAGUUAUGUAUGAAAACUUCUACAGCGGUCAGAAGUCUCUAACGGCAGGGCCCCCCCCUCGAGUUCCUCCACCAGUCUCCAGGAGGGGACCAUUACCUGAUCCAACGGCAAACAAUAGAGAUCCCGUCUACUCAAUGGUGGAAGAUGCAGGCUACAGUGUCAUCCAGUACUGACCUGCUACGUCUCGUCACUUUCUGGUGGUUUCUUGUAAACCUGAGUUCAUGCUAGAUGGAAAAAUCUGUGUCAUAACUACGUACAUACAAUGAUUUAGGUGAGGUUGUGCGCUCUUUUGGACAUAUCACUGUGUUAUAAACAGUAUACUAAAUGCAUUGUUGUGUUUAUCUUUUUUGGUUAAAGUGACGCAAGUUGAUUAAUUCUAUAAAUUAAUUAAUUGCAUAAAGUACUCAUGUCUAUACACUGAGCCUGUUAAUUACCACAUAUAUUUUUAUGUCAUGCAAAAUUUUUAUCUUCUACACAAGUUGUAUUUAUUUGUACUUUUUCAUGUUUUCUUUAAGAAAGAUUCACGUUACAAGACACAAAAGAUGUACUGUCUGUUCACUUGUUUUCAUUUCCUCCUCUAUGUGGAAGUAACACGUCAGCUGACAGCUAUCUUGUGGCUGGGAAACAGUCCAGUACUGCGUUACUGCACCUUAACAUUUCUCCACAAAUGUUGUAACGGCUGUUAGAUUGACUUGUGCGUGCUCCGUAGUGACAUUCGAGGUCUUUAAAAUGAAUGUGAUGAUGACGACGACGCGCAGUUUUUCUGCAUGCUGGGAGAGGAAUUUGCACUUUGAUUCUACUAUGAACACAUCAUUUGUAAAAUAUGCUACAAAGGUUAGAACUGCAGGAGUAAAGAGGGACUAAAUGUCAUUUUUUGUGUUUAUUAAAGAUAUUAUUCUUCAGUGCA